AUGGAUCAACUGCCCCGACUUGGCCGAUCAAUCUGGGAGGUAAUUCCCCAGACGACAGAAAUAUACAGUUCUCUCCUGACACAGAACUCGAAAGACGCCAUCCUGGCCACCAGCCGCGAGGUGGCCAACUACGGCCCCGACACGCGUCAGAAGCUGGACAUCUACGCGCCCAGAAAGUCCCGCACCGCAGCUCCUAUCAUGGUAUUCCUGUACGGCGGAGCCUGGGUGGAAGGCGACAGAGUCCUCGGCAGCGUACCCGAUGGACUCGUGUACCGCAAUCUCGGGUACUAUUUUGCUGAAAAGCACGGCAUUGAGACCAUCAUCCCUGACUACCGGCUGGUCAAGCACGGAGUGAAGUACCCUUCAGGGGCGGAGGACAUUGCCCUCGUCUUGAAAUUCAUCCGAGAGAGAUACGGCGGUGAACGACCGCUCUUCAUCCUCGGAAACUCCGCGGGGGGCGUCAACGCCCUGUCGUGGCUUUUGGACAGUGCCUUCAAGGGCAGCCGCGAUACGAGCAACGUGGCUGGGAUCAUCAGUCUGGGCGCUCUGAUGGACUUUGCGGACCUGCCUGCGCCGUUUCCGGAUCUGCUCGCACAGUACUUUGAAGAAGAUUACGUCUCGAGAUCUCCCCUGGCACUGUUACGAUCCGCGGCGCCGAAUAAUCGUCUGGACGGAGACCUGCCGGCGUUGUUGAUUCUCUGGAGCGAGCUGGAUCCUGAAGUUAUCACAGAAUCAAAUCACGGGUUUGUGGCCCAGCUGAAGCAGGUCGGCAUUCCAGUCGACGCCGAGGAGAUAGCGGGCCACAACCAUAUCAGCCCGCCUAUGGCUCUGGGGACGGGACUCGAAAUUGAAGAGGAGUGGGGGCAGUCGGUUGUUGCUUGGACUGGGAAGCAUGUAGGCAGGGCUUGA